AUACUCCACCCUCGCGACCUCUCCCUCACACUCUCACCACACCAAACCUAGCAGCAGCAGCACACGUACGCACUCGAUCACACGUGCGCAUCAUCUCCAUCUCCUCAACAAUGGCGGGCUCGACGGCGGCGGCGCUGAAGUUCACGGUGAGGAGGAAGCCGGCGGAGCUGGUGGCGCCGGCGGGGCCGACGCCGAGGGAGCUGAAGAAGCUCUCGGACAUCGACGACCAGGACGGGCUGAGGUUCCACAUCCCGGUGAUCCAGUUCUACCGGCGCAGCGCCGCCAUGGGUGGGCGCGACCCGGCGCCGGUCAUCCGCGCCGCCGUCGCCAGGGCGCUCGUGAGCUACUACCCGUUCGCCGGGAGGCUCCGGGAGCUCGAGGGGCGGAAGCUCGCCGUCGACUGCACCGGCGAGGGCGUGCUGUUCAUCGAGGCCGACGCCGACGUGAGGCUCGAGCACUUCGGCGGCGCGCUGCAGCCGCCGUUCCCGUGCCUGGAGGAGCUCGUGUUCGACGUCCCCGGCUCGUCGGAGGUGCUCGGCUCGCCGCUGCUGCUGUUUCAGGUGACGCGGCUGGCGUGCGGCGGGUUCAUCCUCGCCGUGCGGCUGCACCACACGAUGGCGGACGCGCAGGGGCUCGUGCAGUUCCUCGGCGCGGUGGCGGAGAUGGCGCGCGGCGGCGCGGCGGCGGCGCCGUCGGUGGCGCCGGUGUGGGGGCGGGAGAUGCUCGAGGCGCGGAGCCCGCCGCGGCCGGCGUUCGCGCACCGGGAGUACGACGAGGUGCCGGACACCAAGGGCACCAUCAUCCCGCUCGACGACAUGGCGCACCGCUCCUUCUUCUUCGGCGCGCGCGAGGUCGCCGCCGUGAGGUCCCACCUCGCGCCGGGCAUCCGGGAGCGCGCCACCACGUUCGAGGUGCUCACCGGCUGCCUCUGGAGGUGCCGCACGGCGGCGCUGGCUCCCGACGACGACGAGGUGAUGCGGAUGAUCUGCAUCGUGAACGCGCGCGGCGGCGGCAAGAGCGGCGGCGGCGCCGGCAUGAUCCCGGAGGGGUACUACGGCAACGCGUUCGCGUUCCCGGUCGCCGUCGCCACCGCCGGCGAGCUCCGCGCGAGGCCGCUGGGCUACGCCGUCGAGCUGGUGAGGGCGGCGAAGGGCGAGGUGAGCGUGGAGUACAUGCGGUCGGUGGCCGACCUGAUGGUGCAGCGCGGCCGGCCGCACUUCACGGUGGUGCGCGCCUACCUCGUCUCCGACGUGACCAAGGCCGGGUUCGGCGACCUCGACUUCGGGUGGGGGAAGCCGGCGUACGGCGGGCCGGCGAAGGGCGGCGUCGGCGCCAUCCCCGGCGUGGCGAGCUUCCUCAUCCCGUUCAAGAACGCCAAGGGGGAGGACGGCAUCGUCGUGCCCAUGUGCCUGCCUGGCCCCGCCAUGGACAAGUUCGUCGAGGAGAUGGGCAAGCUGAUGAAACCCGCCGCCGCCGCCACCGCCGCGACGCGGCAGCAGCCGGCCGACAUGUUCGCCAUGAUCAAGUCUGCGCUCUGAAUCGAUCAGCCGCGCGCACUAUGUGUGUUUGUGACGAGUUCCCUCUUCAUUUUGUACCAUGGUAAAAAUAUGUACUUGAAUAACUCCGAUGAAUUGCAAUGUAUAAUACUCCUUCCAUUUUAUAUUAUAAGUCGCUUUAACUUUUUUCA